AGGUCAUUGACAUGCGUAUUAAGUAUUUUAAAGAGCCGUUCAUUUUUCUGCAUAUCAGAAUUUAAACUGAAUUCUGCAAGAAACAAAAAAUGUGCAAACGAAAUCCUGAAAAUGCAAAAGUUUCUAGUGAGUGUUGCUAUGGUCACAUAUUCAAUGGAUCAAAUUGUAUAGUUUGUGCAGAUGGCUUCACAGGACAAAACUGCAGAGAUACAUGUGAUGACACAUUUUAUGGCAGGUUAUGCAGUUUUAGAUGCAACUGUACCAAAGAGAAUUGCCAUCACAUAUAUGGAUGCGAAACAGAUGAAAGUCGAAGGUUCAGUAUCUCAACAAAUACGGUUGAGCUUUCUAAACUCCCUGAGGCAACAACUCAAUAUACAGAUGAUUUUCAAUCUUUAUAUAUAAACUCUAGACCAGACUCACCACUGACAAAAAUGCAAUCUACUGUCACGAAAUAUUUUCAACAAGGAAUCGCUGUAGAUAGCGCCAAUGAUACAAGUGUCAAAACUUCCACUAUUACACAAUUUACUACAUCAGAUAAUUUUUCGGGGAACAACAAUUUAAUUAUAGUUAUUGGUGGUCUGAUAGCAUUUUUUCUUUGCGUGCUCAGCAUACAGGCUUGUAUAAAACUGCGUAUAUGUCAAAAGCGAAAAACAGGACGGGUGACUAAGCAACAACAGCCUUUCAUAUAUGAAGAAACAUAUGAAGAAAUCAACGAAGUGCAGGAAGCAACAUUUACAAAUUAUAACGAUAAAGCUAAUAGCUCUCAACAGACAGGAAAAUACAACGAACUGAAAAACGUAAAACGAGAUUCAAUUAUGUCAUACAAGAACAUUGACAAUAAGUCAAAACGCCAUUACAUUGACGGUGGUAUGAUCGAGAAAUGCGAUGAAUUAGGUUCGUCUUUGCUCAGUUACGAUUCAAAUGAAAGUUGUAACGCUUAUUUAAAACCUAUGAAUAAUACAGUUGAAAAGCACACAAAUUUUAAGGUAAUCGACACCAAUGAAAAACCAGAAAACUUGAAUGAGGAUUGUCUGGUAAAGACUACUGAAGACGUAAAAUUGUGUCCACAUAACAUAGAGGCAUUGCAUGAUAUAAAUAUUGAUGAAAACGGACAAAGUUCCCGUGAUCUUAGCGACAAUACAUACUUGGAUGUUAUAAAUGAGAAGAAUGUAGAGCACAACUAUUCAGGUGAAAACCUUAAAGUUCAUGACGAGAUGAGUGACAAUACAUACUUAGAUGUUAUAGAUGAAUCUUCAGAUAAAGAUGCACUGGAGAGAAAAAAAAAUGAUAUGAGGAAAUUGACGGAACAAGACAUAUAAACAAUUCUAAGUAACAUAAUUUAACAGGAGAUAGCUAAGGAAAAACGACAAAGUUCAGGCUGCAAAUAUGCUUCGAAAUGGUUGUUUUACGUUACAGCUGUAAAACAUCAACGCUUGGCUCCAACACUCCGAUCCUGUAUAUAAUGAAAAAUGAAAUGAUUAACUAAGCUUUUGCAUUAAACAGUUGUCUAUGUAUCAAUGUUAACAAAGGAUAACUUUAUAUUGACGUUGUGGAAACAAAAAGUCGUAAUUCAAAAAUGGCACAUUGAACAUGUUCAGAUCGUAUGGAUCAGUUAUGUUGAAAUGUUGCUCAUUGGACGUAAAUCUCUGCAAUAUCAAAGAUCAAAAAUAUAAGUACUGUCCCCAAUCAAAUUUUUGCCAAAACAUAUAUGUAGUUUUACACCGAACACUUACAGGCAUAAUGUUACGUUAAAUUUAUCGUACACAAUAUUGCAAGAUCACUAGUAGUAGAUAAAAUUUACUAAGCUACAUAUAUAAAUCGCACGUUAAGAAAAAAAACCUUAAGCCAUCAUUGGAUUUCAUCACGCCUCGACCGUAAUGAUCACCUUAUAAUAUUCAAACAAUGAUUUAGGAUUUCUAAUAUUACACUUUUAACAAUUGAAGGAAUAAAUAUUAAAAUAUUGACUUUUGACGUCAUUUCCAUUACGUUUAUUUCUCCACCUACUGAGUUCACUCCAACAGUGUGCCAUUUGCGUCACCGAUAAAAUGUAUUAAACUAUUCGUUUCAAAUCUGAUUUAUAUAGAUGUAGUUAUCACAGGCAAAGACACUAGAAAUUGAAAAUAGUUAAUAUAAAAACAGAUAAUAUAUUAAAGCUUAUUGUCAAUGAAGACUGUUAUUAGAGGAAAACCAUACUUUAUAUAAGUUUAUAAGUGUAUAAUAUAAUGUCUAUCAAAUUGGACUUUAGAAAGGUUGAUUAGAAAUUUCUCCACAAUUGUAUCCUUUAUUAGACCUCAUUUAAAUGCCUCAUUUGUUUUCGAAAUCUCCUUAAUACAAGCCGCUUUUUUCCAUGAGGAAACAGCAUUCAUGUUUUCCAAAUUAUAAACUUUUGUAGUAUACAAAAAUGUUCGCAUGACUAAGUGGACUAAAAUACAAAAAAAACCCAUAAAAAAUCAAAACAAUAAAAAACGAAAAUGAUUUUGUAUACGUAUUCAAUAUAAAGUAUACGUUAUAGCCAGCAAAUACACACACCUACAUAAAUCAUGUUUUGAAGUUGAGUGUCAUAUCAUUUAGUUUACAGAAAAAUUAAUUUAAAUACACUGUACAACAGGAUUUGUUACUUAUCUCUAUGUUUUGUCAAAGUAAUGUUUC